AUGACCCUCCUCAGCUGGUCGCGCACCCUCGUGGAUGAGGGUCUGGCCGAGAAGUUCAUACCUAUUGACUUUGCAGAGGCGGACACCGUGCUCGACAGAUGCCUCGAGGCGCUGACCGAUGUCAGGGCGUCCAUCGGGCUGGACGGGGUCACGACAUACAACGAGUUUGCGGUGCAGCUCGUCGCGCGGCUGGCUGAGCGCCUGGGUCUGCCAGGCAAUUCGCCGGCUGCCGUGGACCACGCACGCGACAAGGGGGCCACGCGCCGCAUCAUGUCGGCCGCCAACCUGCCGUCGCCGAAGCACACGCUCAUCAACAGUCCCGAGGAGGUGGAUGCCGCAGCGGCGCACGUUGGCUUCCCAGCAGUGAUCAAGCCGAUUGCGGCGGCCGCGUCCAUGGGGGUUGUGCGGGUGAACGAUCUGGACGAGCUGAGGUCCAAGGUUGCCGCCACGCAGAGCCAGCUGUCGCGCCUGUACCUGGAUGACGAGGUGGGGCGGGGCCACAUCCAGACAGCAGAGGAGGGGGUGGUGGUGAGUGCGGCCGACAGGGCCAAGCUGGCGCAGCUGGUGUCGCAGACUCUCAUGAUGGAGGAGUACCUUGAUGGGGGCGAGGUCGACGUGGACCUGGUGAUGAGCGGGGGAGAGUGCACCUACGGAGCCAUAACCGACAACUGGCCCACCAUCGAGCCGUACUUUAACGAGACCGGCUCAAACUGCCCGUCGGUGCUGCCGCUGGCGGACCAGCGCGCCCUUAUCGACCUGGCGGUGGCGACGGUGCAGGUCCUGGGGUUCAAGCUGGGCGUGUUCCAUGUGGAACUCAAGGCCACCAGCAGGGGGCCGCGGCUCAUCGAGGUCAACGCACGCAUGGGGGGAGGGGGCGUCAGGGACAUCAACCUGGCCGUCUGGGGCGUUGACCUGGUUGACCAGCACCUGCUGGCCAGCGCGGGCCUGCCGGCGCGGCCGCUCAUCGCGCAACGCCCGCUGCUGCGGCUGGCGGAGUACUCUGUUAACGCGCCAGCCACAGGCGUGAUAGAGUCAACAGACUUCCUGGAGCCCUGGGCUGGGCUGCCCGGGAUGAUCUACGCGCGCCCCCUUGUGGCGCCGGGCGACAAGGUCAUCAGCAUCGCCGACGGCAUGCCGACCUGGGUGUAUGAGGUGUGCGCCGCCAAGCCGACGGUCAGGGAGGCCAUCGCGUUCGUCAAAGACAUCGAAGCCAAGGCCGUCCUGCCCAUCCGGCCGCUGCCCGCGGCCGUGUGA